AUGCUCCUACCUCCAAAUUUAACCACUUCAACUAUGAUGACGUCAUCCUCGUCAGAAUCCUACGACGCGGAUAAUCCGAUCUUACCGCCUGAACCAAUCCUGGGGGAUUAUGUGGAGAUGUUCACGUUGGUACUCAAUUUCAUUGUUGGCGCGCCUUUGAACUUGGCCGCGUAUACUCAGCUCAGCGAACGACCCACCUCUACCCGGCUAGACCUUCUGAAACGUUCACUCAACUACUCUGACCUCCUAGUCCUAUUCAUUUAUGUACCAUCCCGUGCCUGCUGGUUACUGACCUACGAUUGGAGAGGCGGAGAUGCAUUGUGCAAGAUUGUCAAGAUGUUUCACACUUUUGCGUUUCAGAGCUCCUCCAACGUGAUCGUCUGCAUCGCAGUGGACCGUCUUCUCUCCGUCCUCUCCCCAUCCCAUCAUAGUCCCAAUAAAGCUCUCCGUCGUACCAAAAUGAUGUUAAUCGUCGCGUGGAUAGUGGCUCUUGUCAUUUCCUGUCCCCAACUGUUUGUGUGGCGUGCCUACUUGGCACUUCCACAGUACAACUGGAGUCAAUGUCUUCAAAUAUGGGAAAUCGCAAGAAUGGAGAACUUCGGGAAGCCGCAAGUGGUGUCAAGUUUCGACGCAGAGUUCUGGUACAGUAUACUUCAUAUUAGUCUGGUUUUCUGGAUUCCGUGUAUCAUUAUCAUGCUUUCCUACAUCAUAGUCAUCUCAUGGGUAUGGAUCAACUCUCGUCCCUCCAUCCGUCACACCUCCUCAUUCUCCUUCCACACCGGCUGCGAUACGACGUUCUCCCGUCACGUCAACAUCAAGGAGCCCGAGAAGCCGAUGACGACACCAAGGAUUGUGGUGAACGACGAGACGGAGGUUCCCCUGACCCAACGCCCAUCGAUUUCCCCUUCGGAGGCGUCGGCGGUGAUGAGAACUGGUGUACAUACGAGUACUUCAUACAAUGCCAAUCUGAAUAGAUCCCGCGCCCUUCGUGUAUCUUUCUUGCUUGUUCUUGCCUACAUCAUCUGCUGGCUGCCAUAUAACCUUAUCAGUCUUAUCCAAUUCCUUGACCGAGAUUUCUUCGCUUCAUAUCUAAAACAUGUUCAUUUCUGCCAACAACUAAUCAUCUUCAACUCGGUCGUCAACCCGUACCUUUACGGUUUCUUCGGUCCGCAUCGCCCAUCUCAUUCUGGAGGUCUUGCUAACCGACACUAA